AUGUCCCAGUUUCUUUCAAAUUGUCCAGCUGCAAUGGCAGUGUUGCUGCUAACCCUUACAACAAUUCUGGUUGUUAACGCAGAUCAGGAACUUCAUGGCUACUACAAAUCUUUGGGCCAUGGUUAUACCUAUGCUUACCUUCGGGCAUCUCCAGCACAAGAAUUCUUCUCUACACGAAACCUAUUCGACUGUACCGCGCUCGCUCAGAGGAGCCAAUCGCAAUUUUUCACUUACAACAAAGUCAGCCGUGUUUGUAAGAAUUAUGCACCGAAUAAUUUUAUGACAGUCGUCAGCACGAAUGACAACAACGAGAUUUCCUUCAUUAAAAACAGCCAAUGGAUAAAAGUAUAUGCCCUAUCAAUGGGAGCCGGUUCGUAUGUCUAUGAUUCAUUUUUUAAUAUAGGAAGUCCUUCAACCUGGAAAGUGGAAAAAUGCGUCGAUACCUUCUGUCCUAACUUCUUCCGACAUCCUAUCCUUGAUUUCUGGAGUCAUCUUCCAAUCGAGAAGGUAAAACUAGUGAUUUAUAAAAACCAAACAGCUGUAGUUGAUAUGGUGUUUGAUGGACGAAAUACAAACCCUGGAAGCUGGUUCUCUCCUGGAAAGUUGAUAAGUUCUCCUUGGACCGACCUACCUUACCACUCUCACAAUUACUUCUCAAUUAGAGGAGCGUAUAACAGACGUCGUUUCUAUGUUUCCUCUAACCAUGGAGGUUGUGAGCAUGACGCCGGUUGGAUGUGUGUUGAUGAAAGUGGUGGCUGCCUUUGGGAGAUUUUUCCACAUUAUCCUACGCUAUUUUACUCAAACAAAAAUUCGAUAUCCACAUGGUAUUACGGUUUUGAAACAGCUGAUUCCAUGGCCAUCUUCAUCCGCUUGAAAUCGUAA